AUGAAUCUCCCUAACGAAACCAGAGCCGGGAGAAGUACAGAACAUUACAUUUUCGCACUUGGCACCUAUAAACUUCUCGCUUUUACCAUUGGGACUAUCGGAGUAUUCGGCUUUUGCAAUAACGUCUUUGUCAUAAUACUCUACUGUAGGUUCAAAAGACUCCGGACGCCUACCAAUUUGCUGCUGGUCAACAUAAGUUUGAGCGAUUUACUAGUUUCUGUCAUCGGAAUAAACUUUACCUUCGCUUCGUGCGUUAAAGGCGGAUGGAUUUGGAGCCAGUCGACGUGCAUCUGGGACGGCUUCAGCAACAGCUUAUUUGGCAUCGUUUCCAUCAUGACUCUGGCGGCCCUGGCUUAUGAGCGCUAUAUCCGGGUGGUCCAUGCACAGGUGGUGGACUUCCCCUGGGCGUGGCGAGCCAUCGCCCACAUCUGGCUCUACUCCCUGGCCUGGACAGGUGCUCCCCUGCUCGGGUGGAACCGCUACACUCUAGAGAUCCACAGGCUGGGCUGCUCUCUGGACUGGACCUCGAAGGACCCAAACGAUGCCUCGUUCAUCCUCUUCUUCCUCCUGGCAUGUUUCUUUGUGCCUGUUGGUGUCAUGAUCUACUGCUAUGGGAACAUCCUGUAUACAGUGCAAAGGCUGCGCUCUCUCCAAGACCUCCAAACGGUUCAAAUCAUCAAGAUUUUGCGUUAUGAGAAGAAAGUCGCCGUGAUGUUUCUCCUGAUGAUAACCUGCUUCCUGGUUUGUUGGACACCCUACGCUGUCGUCUCCAUGAUGGAGGCCUUCGGCAGGAAGAGCAUGGUCUCUCCCACUCUGGCCAUCAUCCCAUCAUUCUUUGCCAAGUCAAGCACGGCGUACAACCCCCUCAUUUACGUCUUUAUGAGCAGAAAGUUCCGCCGCUGUUUGCUGCAGCUGCUCUGCUCUCGGAUCUCUUGGCUGCAGCGCAACCUCAAAGAGCGCCCCCUGGCUCCGAUCGAGCGUCCCAUCCGGCCGAUCGUUGUGUCCAGUACGUGCAGCAGCACCAAGGCGCGACCCAAGAAGAGGGUGACCUUCAAUUCCUCCUCAAUCGUCUUCAUCAUCACCGGCGAUGACUUCCAGCACCUGGAUGUGACCUCCAAGGCUGGAAACUCCACGCAGUUCAAUGUUAUCCAAGUGAGGCCACUGUGAGCCAAAAACACCGGACUUCUCACCCCACUACUCCGUAUGCCUUAGGACCUAACAUGCAACUCCAAGCCAAAAUAAUCCUGUCUGACCUCCCUGGCUGUUUCUGUCCACACGUGGUUACAGCCUGGUUACAGCUUCAUGUAUAAACCCAACUGUAAGCCCAAGUUCUCAAAUAAACCAGUUUGAGUAAUAUGAAAGUUUGACAUCCUCAUCUAACAUCGGCUAUUGUGAUAUAAGUAACUUAAUGAUGUAGUAGUGGUGGUAUUUUUCUCACACGUAUUUGUCAGAUAUGCCACACAGUAUAUGUGACAGCUGUAGGACUUUGUUGAGUAUAUGGAAGGCAGUUGAGGACCUGAGUUUGGCUUAACACGUGGUAGCAUUUUUAUUUUUUGGUUGGUACCCAACUGUGUAUAAUGGAAUACAAGCCUUAGAUUCUUAGCCAUAACCCAUAAUGCACAAACUGACAUUACUGUGUAUGGAUUCAAUAAAGAGACCCUAUUUUAAGCUAUCUAGGCCUGUUUACUUAAGCUCAUCUUAUUUCAAUGUAAAUAUCAAGUGUGACAAGAUCAGUCACUGUGAAAUUACACUUGGUAGAUUUGUAUGUAUUAGGAUGUUGGGAGUAGCCCUUCUUGAAGACUAAGAGGAAAUGAGACUAAGACCUUAGUGACACGCUCCUUUCAUUUCCUCCUGAGCUGCCAGCUAUGAAUAGAUUUAAUGAAUGGUUUUCCUUAGCUGAUAAAAACCCUUUUAACUGUGGAUGUGAGAACGAGUGAGAGGGAUUUUUUUGUCUUUUUAGACAGUUGGAAAACUGGGACUUGGUUGAUUUCUUACUGUAUUUUCAUUAUGAAGCAUAUCUUAUAAUAAAGACUGGAAACAGAAAAAAAACUUGCCUAGCUGUGUCCAUAGGUGACAAAACUGGAAAUUUAACAUUUAUGCUUUUUGCCAGAGAGUGAAAAUGAUCAAUGAGUAAAUAAAAGUCCUUAAAACCAGUCAUCUUCACUUGUUUUAUAUAGAUUAUAGCCUGGUGAGCAUAGCAGCACAUUUGAAGUGGACAAACCAGCCAAACUCCAAGCCCAAAGAGAGGAAAUACUACAUUGCUGGUUGGUCAGAAGUACAGGAGUAAAACUGUAUCUUUGUUACCAGCAGGCUGUUGUGAAAACACAUAAAUUGUUCCAAUUUCUUUAGUUAAAUCUACAAAAAUAAAGAUAAACAGAUAAAAUCAAAGAUAACACAGUCUGACAGGCAGAAAAUACCUGUCAUAUCUCAGAGUGGUGUGAAGUCUUGGAGGGCUGGCAGAUCUAAACCUAUACUGCAGGUGAACAGUGUUUGAUAGUCAUAUCCUUAAGAAAUAGGAAAAGAAAUUCCAGCAAACUUCUCACAUAGAACCUGAUCCAUCAAGCCCUUCAGUUGAUCACCAGUCAUUAUCAGAAAUGGUCAGAAAUAUUAUCAGAAAUGGUCUCAGUGGAUGGCUGGCUGUCAAGAAGGGACUCUUAAGGGAAAUGUGGAGAAAAGACUAAGUUAUGUCAAAUAUAUAAGAGCUGGACCCAAAUUUGAACUUUCACCUUUCUUGAAGCAGUGUGACACGAUCUUGACAGACCACAGAAUAAAACAUCCAAAGAAGAGCUCAUUAGAAUUGUACACAAUUUUGUCCUCUAUAUUUGCAUUUAUGUUUUAGCAUAUUUCAAUAAAUCACUGCACCUGUUUCCCUGCACCUAUAUAAAGAAAUAAGGGUUGGCUCAAUAUAUUUGCACAGUAAUGUAUGUAUAAGUGGAACAUUGCAAAAACAUCAGGUAAAAUAACUCAGAUGAUUUAAUGCACCUUUAAAAACAAAAACAAAUCCCAGAUGUUGCAUGAAGUAAAUGUCACUGGGCCCAGUGGAGACAAAGAAAAAAAGCUGACAUCAUUCUUGUGUAAAAACAGUAAAAACUUCUACACACACCUAAUACUGAGGCUGUGUUCUCGAAUUAAAACUUGCUUCAUAAUUAAAACCCCAGUGUUCUGCUCAUCACUGCUGAUCAUUAUCAGUAUAACACUAAUGAAAUGGUGUAAGUCAUUCUGAUCAAUCACUGUCAGUCCUUGAA